AUGCAGCUCACCAAGACUCUCCUCACCCUCCUCAUGGGCAUGACCGUAGCGUCCGCCCUAGCUUUGCCUCCUCAGGCGAAGGGAGAUGACCUCGUCGUGCGAGCCGAAGCUGCUACCAACGCUGCAGCUGCCGACAAGGACAAGAAUAAGGACAAGAACAAGAACAAGACCAACAACGGCGCCAAGGCCAAGGCCAACAACGGCAAGCCCAACGCGAAGGCCCAAGAUUGCGCCAACGCGAAGAAGCUGGCCGCUGGCAUCGAUAAAAACAUCGAGAUUCAGAAGAAGGAACAAUCCAACGUCGCGGCUAUUGAAAAGAUCGUCAACUCAAACAACCCGGAUAAGGGCCAGUUCGAUAAGGCGAAGCAGACACUGCUGAAGACCAUCGACGACGGCAUCAAGGUCCGGACCCAGAACCAGGAGCUCGCCAAGGGCAACGGUGCGGCUGCCGGUCUGGAGAAGGUCAAGAACGCCCAAGCCACAGAGCUCAAGCAGGCCCAAGGCUUGAAGGGAACUAAGGGCGACCUGAACACUAUUGCCGAGAUGAAGAAGGAAUUCGCCGGUGGCAUUGAUCAGAACACGAAGAACAAGCAGGCGGUAAGUCACACACACGACCAGGACGUCUCAUCUAACGGACGCUAA